AUGCUCGCGGUCGCCGCCUCCGCUCAGGCCCCGGGCGGCGCCCGCCCGCCGCCCCGACCUUGCCGCCGCCGCCGCCGCCCAACCGGCGCCCGUGGCCGACGGCGCCUCCACGGUGCCCCCGCCCCCGCCCGCGGCUCCGGCGCCGACCCCAGGCGCCCCGCCGGCCCCGUGGCCCCCGCUCCGCACCCAAGGCCCCGGCCCGCCCCCAAAUCCAAGCCCCACCCCGUCCCCUCCACCCCGAGCCUUCCCCCGGCGCCCCCUCCCAACUCCCCGGCCCCCUCCUCCGAGCCCCCCUCCUCGCCGGGACCCCCCACCUCCGCCGCCUCCGCCAUCCGCCCCGCCGCCCUGCUCUUCGCCGCCGCCGCCGCCGCCGCCGUCGCCGUCGCCGCCUUCUAG